UUUGAACAGAAGAGAGGACAUGGUGUGGAUGGCUGUCCUCACGGCCACUCCUGGAGGCUUCAAACCAUGCAUCAAACACGAGACCAAGGCAUGGCUGGAAAACCUUUCCGGGCCACCUAUAUCUGGACCAGCAUCAUUUCCAAUCUUCACACUCAUGUAGAGGUAAAGCGCCGGCGCCACAACCUGAAGUCCUACGAUGACUGUUUCCUGGGAUCAGACGCAGUGGAUGUGGUGUUGACACACAUCACCCUUAACCGCUUCUUCGGUGAUGAAGCGGUGCCCCGCUACAAGGCUGUCCGCCUCUGUCAGGCUCUCAUGGACUCAAAGGUUUUUGAGCCAGUGGGGGUCAAGGUAUUUGGGAAGGAAAAGAAGAGAGAGGCGUUUGAGGACAGCAGUUGCAGCUUGUACAGGUUCUUGAAUCCAAACACCAGCACCUCAACGAUACUGAUUACCACCAACUCUCAUUCCACCAGUACCAUUGAGAGCGGCUACGACUCACCCAGCAUGAACCGGAGCAACGCCGUUUCAUGUGAAAGGCAAGCUUUUCCAACAUAUACCACCCACUCCCCUGUAAAAAAACUCAAACUACUAGAAGACAUAUUGGGAAACCUGAACCUCAGCUCCACCAUCAGUCCUCAGAUGAUCAGCCUCGGCCUCUCGCGAGAGCUUUUGUAUGAGGUGUGGCACCAGCAGGCCGUGUCCAGGUUGCUGCAGCUCAUAGAGCUUCCCCUGCUGGAGACGUUGUUAGAAGCUGAGGAGGCGUCGCGCUCAACCCUGCGUGACGUGGACAGUGAGCCAGAUCUGUUGUUCACGUCAAGUUACCUGGACAGAGAGGUUCUUAAGGCCUUCAGUGAAGCCCAGGCUGAUGAGUGGAUGUCUGGGGCGGUGGACUGUCUGGAGUUUUUGCCCGAUGAGCUGGUUGUGGAGGUCAGUCGGGGCCUGGCUGCCUGUGCAGACGACCUACCCCGGUGUAAAGGGCAUCUGUACCAAGUCUUGGCCAAACAUUAUGGACGCACACAACAGCCACCUCUGCUCACCAACCACGUUUUUGAUAUCCAUUCGGGGAUCUCAGAACUAUUGGUGAAUGGGAAGCUGGAGCAAGCUUUGGAGGCGCUGCAGCUGAGUCUGAGGCUGCAGGACACUCGCAGCCGAGAGGAGCUACGUAAGCUUCUGAGAUUCAUGGCCAUUGCAGCCAAACCUCAAGAGGUGAAACUGCACAAAGAGAUCGAGAACAGAAUGGCGGUGAAGCGGUCUUUUUCAAGCGCUAUUGUUUACAGCAGAAAGCUCUCCAAAGGAAAGGUGGACUUAAUGGUUCUGUUCAUGAUGGACAACCACUGUGAUCUCUUCAAAACACCUGUCUCUCUACACAAGAUGGUUUGUGACAAGCUAAAGAAUAUUGUAAAUGGGAAGGAUCCAGAUGGCAUAACAGGGUCGACAUACACGACAAGAUUAAGCCCCAAGGCUUAUUCAGAAAACACACAAAAAACCACUAAAGAGGAACUCCUGUCCUUACUGCGGACCGUCCACGAGAACGAUAAGCUGUCCACCAAAGAGAAGAGGCGACUGCUGGGACAGUUUUAUAAAGCCCAUCCAGAGAUUUUUGUUCAGUACUUUGGUAAUAGAUUAUCUAGUAUUAACAUGGUGCUUCAGUAGUAUUUAGCUCUGUAAAUUAAGAAAGACAUAAGAACAGAAGGAUUCACAGUGGAGUGAAUUACUUUUUUUUUUAUUAUACUAUUUGAUAAAAGCUUAGACUACUGAGCUCGACUUAACUGCCUAAGUCUUUAUGUAAGCUACAAUAUUUAAGAACUUAUUUUGUUUGGUGCGGGACACUAAUAUGAAAUGUAAACAUUAAUAUGAAAUGUAAAGUCAGUUUUGGAUAUGAAUGAUGUCUUCAAAAUACACUUCUCUUUUUAUGCUCUCUCUCUGGAUGCCAGAGAGGAUGUGUAGCCAGCAGGGACGGGGCGGCAUGUCGAUUGUGAACGCAUGUUUUCCUUGUGCAUGUGCAGUAGCGUCAGUGUUAAUGUCAAAGCGUACAGUGUGACCUGUCUGGCACACUGUGACGCGGAGCGAGGCUCUGUGAGGAACCCUCAAACGGAAAUAUCAAGCAGGGAAUUUGAAAGUCUGAUUUUGUGCUGUAAACAGUGAGAGACUUUCAUGAAGCUCAGCCCUCUGGGGCUUUGUGUUGGUUGCAGCAGAUCAACAGAGCAGAUGUUUGGAAUGGGGGUGUGGGGGGUCGACUGAAAAACCUUUAGCUGCGUUUUAGUAGUAUCUUUGAGGUUGGUUUUCAAAUGAGGUUCAGAUAAUCUUUCUAAUCAACUGAGGAAAUUACUUCCAGAUCUCUUUCAGGUUGAAAACCACAAACAUCUUCUUUGUGUUUUGGCAGAUCUGCGAUAAAAUUAAAACGGUUUCAAAGACAAAAGCUCUCUUUUUUUAUGUAUGACAGUCGGAUGACAUCUGGUAUGUCAAGUAACUUUUUGUCUAUUUUUUAAUGACUUCCAUUUCACUUAUUUCCAAACACAUUUGAAGUUAUCUCCUUCUGAAGGGACUUAUAAUUGUGAACUGUGCUUUUAUAUGCUUUUGAAGUACCAAU